GCCUAGGGUUUUUCUCUGCUAGGGUUUCCACUAGAUGACGGCGAGCUCCUUCCUAACGAACUCCUUUCCCACUUAGGGGUUGCUUCUAUUCUCACACUCCUCUCACGCAGUGAAUCUAGUCAAUACUGCAGGGAUUCUCGGUCUCCUAAUGGCGGCAAGAGCACCAGUCGACAAUCAACCUUGCCUGCAACAGGGCAAGAGCAGUGGGCCGCGAACAACAAAAACAAGUAUCCCGACCUUUGAGGAUGAGGCGUUUGAAUUUGAAUCCAUCCUAGGUGGCAAUUGAUGCAUAGCCAUUUUAGAUAAUGCUUGGAUAAGGUUGUACCUAGGCUAAUAGAGGUUGUACGCAUGUAAAGAGGCUAUAAAAGGCCAAAACUAUGUAACUCGAAGGAGCUCUUUGAUGAAUAAUGAAAAUGGUUCUUC